AUGAAGAUCUUCUUUUUCGAAGCAGGCCGGUGUGGCCCGGGACCGCCGUCAUCUGCAGGUCGCUUCGGGGGAGAUGGAAAGAUGAUUUAUCCGUCAGACUUCUGUUCGUUCUCGGGCUGCCGUUUUGGGGGUAGGUCGAUGUGGACUUCUCCACUGCUAUCGGUUUUGCCUGCAACUGUCGGUAUUGGUGGGUCGUGUGACCGAACUUCUGAUGGUAGUCGCAGAAUGACCUGA